UCGGCAGCGUGCAGAGAUCCAAGCAGGGUGCACAUCGCGCGCGCGUCUUCGCGUGUGCCUUAUAUUCCUGUCCGGUGGAAAUUAACUAUAGAAUAACAUCAAACAUGAACACUAGCGUGUUGCUGGUAGACUAAGCAGCUUUGUGGUGCACACCUUUGGAGCGACUCCUGGUCGGAUCUUACCCGGCUCAUCGCCGAUUUUGGCCAGUUUCAACACUUGACAUCGCUGACAUAGCAUGGCAUCCAAGAAGCCAAAAGUAGCAAUGAGCGAUGAUAGCAGUGGUAGUGAUUUCGACGACGAUGAGGAUCCCGAUAAGAUCCAAGUACCAGGUGGAGGUAAAGAUCUUGCUACAGCAGCUGGCAUGAACAUAAUUAAGGAUGAGAAACCUAACAUCGCUAUGGGCAACCAAGAUAUCAAAACCAAAGAAGGUUUUGAUCAACCUUUUGGAUCAAAGAUGCCUGUUGGAGCAAUGGGAAAAAAUGUUUCUACUGGUCAAAACAUGAUGGCAUUGGCUGGUAAUACUCAAGGUAUGCCAGCUUACUUUAUGCCUGGAAAUCAAAUGAACCAUAUGAAUUCUAUGGGUAAUUCACUAGGAGCUUCACCUGGAAAUUUCAACUUUCCACCUUUACCAAGCUUCAACACAGCAAAUUUUUUACAGAAUGUAGACAUGAAUAGUCUUAUGGGAAACUUUAUGGGAAUGGCUGGAAUGAACAUGAACAUGAACCCUUUUAUGCAAUUCCUGAAUCAAGCUGGCAUGAAUCCCAAUUGGAUGGCAGGGCUUGCAAAUAAAGGAUUAUCUAACAUGUGGAUGAAUUCUGACCCCAACAAAAUGAAUAUGCAACCAACCAUCCCAGAAGAAGAAGAUGUAGAAGACGAAGAAAUGGGGGUGGCUGAAACUUAUGCAGACUACAUGCCAACUAAAUUGAAACUUGGACGUAAACAUCCAGAUCCAGUUGUUGAAACUGCCUCUUUGUCUAGUGUUGAACCUACAGAUGUUUGGUACAAGCUUUCAAUUCCUGAUGAAACUAUAAAGUCUGGUGCUCUGUCAGCUUUGCAACUAGAAUCCAUCACUUAUGCAUCACAACAACAUGAGCACCUCUUGCCUGAUGGAUCUCGAGCUGGUUUUUUGGUCGGCGAUGGUGCUGGUGUAGGGAAAGGUCGUACAAUAGCAGGAAUUAUUUUUGAAAAUUAUUUGAAAGGUCGAAAACGAGCUAUUUGGGUUUCUGUUUCCAAUGAUUUGAAAUACGAUGCUGAACGUGAUCUUAAGGAUAUUGGAGCAACUAAAAUAGAGGUUCAUCCUCUCAAUAAGUUCAAAUAUGCAAAAAUAUCAUCAGCUGUUAAUGGCAAUGUAAAAAAAGGUGUCAUAUUUAGCACAUAUUCGGCCUUGAUUGGCGAAUCGUCUCAAAGUGGUGGAAAGUACAAAAGUCGUUUGAAGCAGCUUUUACAAUGGUGUGGUGAAGAUUUUGAUGGGCUCAUUAUUUAUGACGAGUGUCAUAGAGCAAAAAAUCUUUGUCCUACUGGGAGUUCAAAACCAACUAAAACAGGUCUAACAGUAUUAGAAUUACAAAAUAAACUACCAAAGGCGCGUGUCGUUUACGCGAGUGCAACGGGAGCUUCAGAGCCACGAAAUAUGGCAUAUAUGGUGCGUCUUGGCAUGUGGGGCGAAGGCACACCUUUUCCUGAGUUCAACGAUUUUAUAUCUGCCGUUGAAAAACGCGGUGUAGGAGCUAUGGAGAUAGUCGCCAUGGACAUGAAACUUCGAGGAAUGUAUAUUGCUAGGCAAUUGAGCUUCCACGGAGUUGCUUUCAAAAUUGAAGAAGUGCCCCUCUCUGAUGAUUUUAUGAAAGUAUACGAUCAUUCAGUCAGGCUGUGGGUCGAAGCAAUGCAGAGAUUCCACGAAGCUGCUGAACUUAUAGACGCCGAAAAUCGCAUGAAAAAAACCAUGUGGGGGCAGUUUUGGUCGUCACACCAACGUUUCUUUAAGUAUCUCUGUAUUGCUGCAAAGGUAAAGCACGCAGUCAAAAUAGCUCGCGAGGCAGUCAAAUGUGGAAAAUGCGUGGUGAUUGGUCUUCAGUCCACCGGCGAAGCAAGAACACUCGAACAACUGGAGCGCGAAGACGGCGAGCUCAGCGAUUUCGUGUCAACUGCUAAGGGAGUGCUGCAGUCGUUGGUAGAGAAACAUUUCCCAGCACCCGAUAGAAAUCGUAUAAGCCGAGUACUCGGACUUGAUUUACCACAGGCACUUCCCGUGGAAGUGCAAGAAGCAGAUGAUGUGGCCGGCAGUUCAGCAAAUAACAAGCGCAAGCCCGUUCGGCAGGCAGCUCAAAGAGCUAAAAAGCUGCGCCACUGGUCUUCUGAAGAAGAGAAUUCCGACGAGGAAAAGAACGGCGGUCACAGUUCCGGCUCCGAAUUCAAAAUGAGCGCCUCCGAAAGCGAGGAUGACAUACGAUCCGAUGAGGAGUUAAGUAAUCCGAGCUCCGACUACAAUCCUUUCGACAGCGACAGUGACUCGGACGUGGAUCCGUGGGACAGGCGGAAAAAGAAGGGUGCAAAGAAGCAGAAGAAACCAGCCAAGAAGAAACUCAGUACGCAAGAUAAGAUACAGUCGAUGCUGGCGAGCAAGACGUCGACUAAUAAUCAGCAGCAACAGCAGCAACAGCAAAGCCAGCAGCAGCGUAAUGGAGUCGCCGCUACUAGUGGACAGUUGGGGUCAAUGGCCGGCAGAGCCUUGAAUCAGGCGCCCUCGAGGGUGGCUAUCGAACGCGCCUGCAGUAUGAAGGAUGAGUUGCUGGCAAAAAUCGAGGAGCUCGGAGAGAAGUUGCCACCGAACACGCUCGAUCAGCUGAUCGACGAGCUUGGUGGCCCGGAAAACGUGGCGGAAAUGACCGGGCGCAAAGGUCGAGUUGUACAGACCGAAGACGGAGCCAUUCAAUAUGAGUCGAGAUCGGAAACCGACGUGCCUCUCGAGACCCUGAAUCUCACGGAGAAGCAGAGGUUUAUGGAUGGCGAAAAAACGGUGGCGAUAAUCUCAGAGGCGGCGAGCAGUGGCAUAUCGUUACAGAGCGAUCGGCGAGCUCGCAACCAGAUGCGACGGGUGCACAUAACACUGGAGCUGCCCUGGAGCGCGGACCGGGCGAUUCAGCAGUUCGGUCGCACGCACCGCUCGAAUCAGGUGAAUGCGCCCGAAUACAUAUUCCUCAUUUCGGACCUGGCUGGAGAGCGUAGGUUUGCCUCGACCGUGGCCAAGAGGCUCGAAAGUCUCGGAGCGCUAACGCACGGCGAUCGCCGCGCCACCGAGACGCGAGACCUUUCGCAGUUCAAUAUCGAUAAUAAGUAUGGCAGAGCCGCGCUCGAGGCUACGAUGAAGACGAUUAUGGGGUACGAAUCGCCGCUAGUGCCGCCACCGCGCGACUAUCGAGGUGACUUCUUCAAGGACGUCGCGGAUGCGUUGGUAGGGGUUGGCCUGAUCUGCAACAGCGAAAACAUGCCAGGCGUGCUGUCGCUUGACAAGGACUAUAACAACAUGUCCAAGUUUUUAAAUCGCAUCUUGGGCAUGCCGGUGGAGUUGCAGAAUCGGCUGUUCCAGUACUUUACAGAUACUCUGGCAGCAAUCGUGAGUCAGGCCAAGCGGGCAGGUCGCUUCGACAUGGGCAUCCUCGAUCUAGGUGCCUCGGGCGAGGUGGUACGGCGCGUGCGGUUGACCCGUUUCCUGCGCAAACAUGCCACAGGCAUUGCACCCACAGAACUGCAUGUGGUGCAUGUGGAGCGCGGGAUGAGUUGGACUGAGGCGAGCGAUCGCUGGGCCGGUCUCGAGGGCUCGCGCGAAGGCUUCUACCUCAGUCACCAGGUGCGCAACGGCAAGCAGACCGCAGUGCUUGCGGUUAAAGUCGACACCGGCCCCGCCAGUAAGAAGUCCAGUGACUCCAAGCGCGACCAGCUAUUUGCCCUUUAUCGGCCAAACACCGGCCUCCAGUUACGCCAGGAGUCGCUCGCUGAGCUCGAAAAGAAGUAUAAGCGUGUCUCCAAGGACGAAGCCCAGCCUCACUGGACGGAGCAGUACGAGGCUUCGGUUGACACCUGCUCGCACGCCUACUGGCGCGGUAAUUGCAAGAAUGUCACUCUGGGUCUUGACUGCGAGGUCGGCCUCAGGCGCAGGUCUUAUAACGUUGUGGCGGGCUCGGUGCUCAGCGUCUGGAGUCGCGUCGAAGCCGUGCUCGCUUCCGCGCGCUCCUCCCACAACUCCAAGAUGCAAGUCGUCAGAUUACGCACUGAUGAGGGUCUCAAGAUUGUUGGAACACUCAUUCCCAAAACUUGUAUGGAAUCUUUGAGAGAAGCUUUGGCUGCCGAUGCCGAAAAAGUCGAAGAGCAAACUUUCUAAAUUCAAACAAGCGACAGUCUCUUUCAAAUAAGGCCAAGCCACAUUCUAUUCUGAUCUCAGCAGUCUUAGCUUCUUUCUUACUUGUCGUCUCUUUCUUUCUAUUUCUUGUUUUCCUUACAACUAUAUUGAAUUGAUUGUCUGCAUACAUUCGGUCGACUGACAUUUGACUUAGCUUAAUUAUGUGUCAUUAAAUAUUGAUUUCAAGAAAAAAUUUCGUUAUUGCUGAAAUGAAGCAAAUAAUUCCUAUGCUGAUUUAUUUCUUUAAUGUGGCGUUUGCGAUGCUCUGUUCAAGGCGGUCUGCCCGCAACCAUUUCUUCAUCUACGUAGUUAGUUACAGUUAUUUUUUUACUUGAAUAACGAAUUUUCAAGUCAUGCAUUGACGAACUAAACAUAAAAGAUGCAGCCAAGAAUUCAUAUAAUAUAAGUACUUCUACUUUGUUACGACUUUUUUAAUUUUAUUUGAAAAAAUAAAGAAAAAUAAAACAUUUAUUGACGUGCCGAAAUGUAGUUAAUUUAAGGUAACGAAUGGAAAAAAGCGUUUAAAAGAUCCCGGCUGUGUCCUAAUAAUGUUCAUUACUAUAGUUUAGUAAAAAUAAAAAAAUGAAUGAAAAUAUUAAAAAUAAUGAUAUAAAAUAAAACAACCAAAAGUCUCAAUGGGCACGUGAAAGUUCCUACACCGUCAAAAUGUGUUAUUAAAGACUAAAUAAAUAUUAACGGUGUAGUCAGCUUAGUCGGAAAAACUAGUAAUUGUUACCAUUUUUCUACUGAGCUCUAUCCUUUUACAAUUAAAUGGGGUUUAAAUUGCUAAUUCAUUUUUCUUACGAGAGAUGUGUAACGUUGAAAAUUGUUUACAAUUUGAAAAUUCUAUAUUUCAUCAUAAUUUCAUCAGUUCUCUUCAAUCGUGAACCUAUCACUAGCUGACUAUAAAUUCUUUUUUAUUAUGUUUAUUAUAUUUACUUAAUCACUUUUUUGCAUAGCAAUCGUUUAAAUAUGCGCUACAUUAGUUGAAUAUUAUACUCAAGCUGUCAUAUUGAACGAACCAUUAGCAUAGCUAGAGUUUUAUUUAUAAAUGCUUGAAUACACGUAGAUAUUGAAGACUAUUGCUUUCUUUCAUUGAAAAAUUUGAUAUAAUUUUUACUACUACAACUGUGCUCAUAUGUUAACCGUAUAUAUGGUAAAUAUCGCAAUUACUCUGUUGUCACACCGUAUGUCAUCUUUAUUUAUUAUUUUAACAUUUAUUAUUUAUAUAUAUUAUUUAUUUAUUAUUUUAACAUUUAUUUUUCGUAUAUUCUCUAAAAUUCUUAAAAAGUUUUGAUUGUAAUUAAAAAAUGUAUAUUUUUUGAACAUAAAUAAAUAGGUUUUCAGAAAUAAAAUAAUGCAAAAAAGAAUUACGGGUGACAGCCGAGAAUGAAACGGAAGCGAAAUAUUUACUGUCUAGCAAAAAUUAAAUAUAAUAGCAAGCAAUUAGCCAGUAGAUAUCUGUGCAUAUUGUUCAAUAUGAUCCAUUCAUUGAAAUUAAUAUAAAUUAAUAAUGAAAAUAAUGUCAAAAAGUAACAAUUCUUUAAUCAAUAUGAUUUAUUUCAAGAUAAUGUAAAUCAACUAGAUGAAAAAAAACAUAAUUCACUUGUUAGUAACAAAUCUGUACUGAUUGAAACAAAAAAAUAAUUAUUGUACAUUAUAAAAAAGUAAUAUGAAUGAAGUAUUUUCCAUUUUGAUUAAUUAUUUACAACAUAUCUAUUACCUUGGAAAUUAUCUUAUAUUACAAUUGAAUUUCAAGGACGGUAAUCAUAUUUGAAUUAUCUUACACGUAGUGCGAUUGUAUUUCAAAAAGGAUGUGUGUGUGUACAUUAUAAUGUACUUUGAGUACAUACCUAUCUAAGUAUGUAUGUAAAAAUUGGAAUGAAAAAAAUAUAUCUGAAAAAUUAUAUCAUGCAAAUUACUCAUGUGUUUCUAUGUUUUUAACAGUUCAUUUAGAGCAAUUUUUAUAUCACAUCUUUUAUUGCUUCAGGUUACUAUGAAAAAAAUAAAAUAGUGAUUGUAAAAAUACUUUAAAUAUCUUAUUAAAAUUCAUACAAA